AACUGGUUUAGACAAGAAUUGGGGCGAAGAGAAAUGAAUUUUCUUUUUUUGAAUUUUAGUUGUAUUGUAAAUAGGACAUUUUCAGGUUGAAUUGGUGUAUAUCCGUUAUACAUAAAUUUAUAAGAGGGGAAGAUAGAAAGAGAGAGAGGAAAUAACCAAGGAAGUGAAGAAAGAGAUGGGAGAAAGAGACAGAUAGUUGAAAAUGGUGUUGCGGUGAUAAAAGCUAUAAUCAGACAUGCUCUGCAGCUGCUGUGUUCUUGCCUCCUAUAUAGUCCUAUUCCCUCUAUGCUCCUUUUGGCUUCUUUUGAGUUUUGUUUUUUCGCCACCAGCUAGCCACCCAUUCCCCUGCUUCGUUUAAUCUUUUCAUGCUAUAUCAUUCUGCUAUAGCUUCCUUUAGCGUGCUCUGUUACAAAGAUUACACAAUCCCAGACAGAUAAGAGGGAGAGUGAAGGAAGGAGAUUGGGCAAAAAGGGUUUUUCAAGAGAGGGUUUUGGGCUUCUUUUUCUUUCUCUUCUUUUCUUGUUCAGAAUGAUUGAUUAUUCAGGCUCCAACUGAAGUGACACCGAGCGUUUGGGAAACCCAAAAGAUUUUCCUUUUUUUUCUUUUGUUUGUAGAGCAAAGAACAAGAAAAGGGUUUUUUGAAAAUUUUCAGCUUCUUGAUGAUGAAAGAUUGUCAAAAGGAGGAGGGAAGUGAUUAGUUUUCUUUGGAAGCUUGUAACUGUAUGUGACCUCUGUUUCUGCUCUGCAUAUAUUCAAGCACCAGAGAGAAAAAUAUUUGGCAAGAAAUCUCAAUCUCUCAGGCUUUACUGUCAAGGUAAACCAAAAGAGAAAGAAAAGGAGAGAAGAACUUUGCAAAAUCAAUACAAGAGAUUAGCAUGCAAAGAAUCUAAUUCUUAAGCAACUCCAAGACUUGAAAAUGGCUGCCAAUCAAUCUGUAGACAUGCAAGAACCGAGCAUCGACACCGACAAGCUCAGCUACGAAAUUUUCUCAAUUCUUGAAAGCAAGUUUCUCUUUGGCUAUGACGAUCAGAAGCUCUGGAUCCCCAAGCAGAUAUCUCCAGCACCCACAGAGCCAAAACCCGAGUCUUUUAUAUACCCACCAGUUGCCGAUGCAAACGGCGUCUCUGCAAUCAAGAACCAGCGAGGAAAAAUCUGCAUCUUAUCCAUCGACGGCGGAGGUAUGAGAGGAAUUAUUUCUGGGAAAGCAUUGGCCUAUCUAGAGCAUGCACUCAAAACGAAAUCAGGCAAUCCUGACGCCAGAAUCGCUGAUUAUUUCGACGUUGCGGCAGGGACAGGAAUCGGCGGCAUCUUUACUGCCAUGCUUUUUGGCAGUAGAGAUCACCACCACCCAAUUAUGAAAGCAGACGACACUUGGAGGUUUUUAGCUGAUCAUGGCAGGAAAAUUUACCGUUCUGGAAAUGGAAAUGGAGGAGGUGCUGGAAAUGGUCGUAGUAGCGGCAGCAACGGCGUUCUUAAGCGGCUAUUCGGCGGUUCCGGCUCGACCGCCGCCACAGCCUGUCUAGAGAAAGCCAUGAAAGAGACGUUCACAGAGAAAGGCCAAAGCUUAACUCUUAAACACACAUUAAAACCAGUUCUAAUCCCAUGCUACGAUCUUUCAAGCGCAGCCCCGUUUCUGUUCUCAAGAGCCGACGCAUUAGAAACCGAUAGUUUCGAUUUCCGGCUCUGGGAAGUCUGCCGGGCGACAUCGGCCGAACCGGGUUUAUUCCAGCCGAUUCAAAUGCGGUCGGUUGACGGUCAGACCAAAUGCGUGGCGGUUGAAGGAGGUUUGGCUAUGAGCAACCCAACAUCAGCAGCAAUCACGCACGUGCUGCAUAACAAGCAAGAGUUUCCAUUUGUGAGAGGAGUAGAAGAUUUAUUAGUACUAUCGCUUGGUACUGGUCAGCUUCUCGAGUCGAGUUACGAGUACGAGGAGGUGAAAAACUGGAGGGCAAAGCACUGGGCUCGACCCAUGGCUCGAAUUGCCGGUGAUGGUUCGGCAGAGUCAGUGGACCAAGCUGUAGCCAUGGCAUUUGGGCAGAGUAGGAGCAGUAACUAUGUAAGAAUUCAGGCAAAUGGGUCCAGCUUAGGCGGGUGUGGACCCAAUGUGGACACAGACCCAAGUCCUAACAAUGUGAAGAUGUUGAUUUCCAUAGCAGAGGAAAUGUUGGGGCAGAAAAAUGUUGAAUCAGUGCUGUUUGAGGGUAAGAGGAUUGGAGAGCAAAGCAAUUUUGAGAAACUGGAUUGGUUUGCUGGAGAACUUGUGCUUGAGCAUCAGAGGAGGAGCUGCAGAAUUGCUCCCACUGUUGCUUUCAAGCAAGCUGCUUUUAAACCUACCUAGACUCCUCUCUCAACUAUAUUCAGAAUCAACCCAAGCAAAAAGAAAAAGGGCAUAUGUAUAAGAGAAAGAAAAACAAAGGAAGAAGGGGAAAAAGAUUAUAUAUAUAUAUAUAUAUAGCAGCUUUUACUUUUGAAAGUGAAGAUUGGGUGAAAGGAAAGGACAACAUGAAGGAUUGAAGAUAUCUGAGUGGGAUACUUUGCCUGCCAGAAGAUAAGCAUUGUGGUGUCCACUCCACUUUUCUACAUUGGCAAGGAACCAAGAAACAAACAAAGAAAAAAACCAUUAUUAUGAGUUCUUUAAGCUUUUGAAGGUCAACCGACAGGCCAGGUAUCAGGUCUGAAUAUUUUCAUGUCAAUUAAGAAACCUACUGUUUCCAUUAAUAUAUUAUAUCUCCCAUUCCAUUUC